AUGAUAAUUUUAUUCAGCAUUUUCUUUGCAAUCAUUUCAGCUAAUUCAGUAAGCGAAGUUAGAUCACAUACUUUAAGAUUCCGUCCUAAUUAGAAUUUAGUUAAAGAAUUAUAAUCUUACAUUGAAACUAACUAAAUUAAGGCAGCUUCAAUUUCCACUUGUGUUGGAUCUUUGUUGAAAUGCUCAAUUAGAUUUGCAAAUCAACCUCAAUUUACAGAAAUCAAUGGUCACUUUGAAAUUGUGUCUCUUGUUGGAACAAUAAGUGUUUAUGGAUAACAUAUUCAUAUUAGUUUAUCUGAUACUGAAGGAAAAAUGAUUGGGGGCCACUUGCCAUUUUAUGACAAUGAGUGCAUCAUUUAUACGACUGCUGAAAUCGUAUUACUUGAGCAUAUCGAAACCAUCUAUACAAGGAAAUUAGAUCCAACCUAUGGAUAUUACGAACUAUAUAUAAUUUGAAUAAUAAUUUUCAUCUAAAUACCACUUUCAACAAUUAUACUGAAAAA